CCCCCUUCCAGCUUCAGUCUUUUUCAAAUGUUUCUCCCUUCCCGCCGGAAUAAUGCUGUCAGUGGAUAUACAUUUGACGUUUUCGGAUAACGAGAUGCGUCUAAUGGAUCGAGUGAAGAAAAUCAAGAGGCCGACGUUUUAACGCGGUAGAAAUAAUUAAGCGGCGCCGCCACGAAAGUCGGCUUGUCCGCGUCUGUGGUCCACCGGGCCGGUUCACUGCGCAGGUUUGGACCGCGCGCCAUUUUGUGAAAAUUGACACAAAAUUCCAAAGCGGAAUUACCGGAGGACGCGGUGUCCGUUUGGGCUUUCAAACACGCCGAAUCCACCGUCGCCGUCGCGCCGCUCAAGGAGGUCGACGCGAAUUUGACAAAAGACUGCGUAAAAAUCGCUUUGACGUAGCAUUUAUUUAGCGGCGGGGGCUAACGAUUGUUAGCUCGAGGCUAGCCCGGGACAGGUCGCUAACGUUAGCCGCGUUCAUUUUGUCAACUAGCACUAGCCCGAUUCGCUAAAGCUUAGCCACUAACUUAUGCGUGCUAGUCAACGCUAGCAUGUUGCUAGUCAUCAGCUGAUGGUAACGUUCCUCCCGAUCGUCGAUCCCCCGUCCAAAAUGGAGUGUUUAUUAGAGCUGCCUGGCAAAUAAUUGUCAUAUUUGCCCGUCGGAAGACGGACGCCGGAUUGGAUUUAACGUGAUCAUUCCUCGCUAACCGUGCAAAGGGAGGGGAGAAUCUCAAGCUGGAUAAGUUUCCUCAUCAUACAGGUUAUUGGACUUUAAAUGAAGAUCGUGCCAUCAGAGUUUGUUGUCUGCUGGACUCUCCUGCCAGGAUGAUAUGACAUUUUUGCACAAGAUGCAUCCAGGAGGAGAGACUUCAGCAUGCAAACCUUCGUCUGUCCGGCUUGCGCCCUCUUUUUCUUUACACACUGCUGGUCUUCAGAUGGCUGCUCCAAUGCCCCAUACGCACCAGCAGUACAGUGAGCGCCACCAGCCAAGCACUGACCAAUCUGUUACGGUCUUACCGUACAGCGACCAGACGACACAGCUCACUGCCAAUCAGAGGCACAUGCCCCAGUGCUUUCGUGACCCAACUUCAGCUCCCCUGAGGAAGCUCUCCAUUGACCUUAUCAAAACAUACAAACACAUCAAUGAGGUGUAUUAUGCAAAAAAGAAGCGGCGGCACCAACAGGGUCAGGGCGAAGACUCCAGUCACAAAAAAGAAAGGAAGGUCUUCAAUGAUGGCUAUGACGAUGAUAACUAUGACUACAUCGUCAAGAAUGGGGAGAAGUGGAUGGACCGAUAUGAGAUUGAUUCCUUGAUAGGAAAAGGAUCAUUUGGACAGGUUGUGAAAGCAUACGACCGAGCGGAGCAGGAAUGGGUUGCAAUUAAGAUCAUCAAGAACAAGAAAGCUUUCCUCAAUCAAGCCCAGAUUGAAGUGCGCCUCCUAGAGCUUAUGAAUAAACAUGACACCGAGAUGAAAUACUACAUUGUUCACCUGAAGCGGCACUUCAUGUUUCGGAACCACCUCUGCCUCGUGUUUGAGAUGCUUUCAUAUAACCUGUACGACCUGCUCCGAAAUACCAACUUCCGCGGCGUCUCGCUCAACCUCACCCGGAAGUUCGCUCAGCAGCUAUGCACGGCGCUGCUGUUCCUGGCCACGCCCGAGCUCAGCAUCAUCCACUGUGACCUGAAGCCCGAGAACAUCCUGCUCUGCAACCCGAAGAGGAGUGCCAUCAAAAUAGUGGACUUUGGCAGCUCGUGCCAGCUGGGACAACGGAUAUACCAGUAUAUCCAAAGUCGCUUCUACCGCUCCCCAGAGGUGCUUCUGGGAAUGCCCUACGACCUGGCCAUCGACAUGUGGUCCUUGGGUUGCAUCUUGGUGGAGAUGCAUACAGGAGAGCCUCUCUUCAGUGGAGCCAAUGAGGUGGACCAGAUGAACAAAAUAGUGGAGGUUCUCGGCAUCCCACCUAAUCACAUAAUGGACCUAGCCCCAAAAGCCAGGAAGUUCUUUGAGAAGCUUUCAGAUGGUACAUGGAGUGUUAAAAAGACCAAAGAUGGCAAAAGGUAUAAACCUCCAGCUUCGCGGAAGCUCCACUCCAUCCUGGGCGUGGAGACCGGGGGUCCGGGUGGGCGGCGGGCAGGCGAGUCUGGCCACGCUGUCGCCGACUACUUGAAGUUCAAGGACCUGAUCCUGCGGAUGCUGGACUAUGACCCCAAGAGCCGCAUCCAGCCCUACUAUGCCCUGCAGCACAGCUUCUUCAAGAAGACGGCGGACGAGGGGACCAAUACGAGCAGCAGCGUGUCGACCAGCCCCGCCUUGGAGCAGUCCCAGUCUUCGGGGACCACCUCCAGCACCUCCUCCAGUUCAGGAGGCUCCUCUGGAACAAGCACCAGUGGCAGAGCGAGAUCAGACCCCACCCAUCACCACUUACACAGUGGAGGACAUUUUGGCACUGCCAUGCCAGCCAUUGAUGGAGACAGCCUCUGCCCACAGGCUCGACAGCCUUACCCGCCUCCGCUGGUGUGGGGAGGCGGCGUCGUACCGGAGUCAGUCACCGGCGAGACCCACCCAGUCCAGGAGACCACCUUCCACGUCCCCCCCCAGCACCCGAAGGCCCUGCAUCCCCACUCGCACGCUCAUCACCACCACCACGGGCCCAUGAUGGCCACGCGGCCGCGCCCGCGCCACUACACCUCCCCGACGCACAGCUCGUCGACCCAGGACUCCAUGGAGGUGGUCCACGGCCAUCUCUCCAUGACCUCCCUGUCUUCCUCUGCCUCCUCUUCCUCGACAUCUUCCUCUUCCACCGGGAACCACGGCAACCAGGCCUACCAGCUCCGCCAUUUGCCCGCCGGAGCGCUCGACUUUGGUCAGAACGGCGGGCUGAGCAUGGGGCUAGGUGCCUUCUCGAACCCACGGCAGGAGACCGGCAUGGCUGCGCACCCUGCUUUCUCCAUGGGCACGAACACGGGGCCUGGCCACUACCUAGCCGAGGGCCACCUGAGCAUGAGGCAGGGCAUGGACCGGGAGGAGUCUCCAAUGACUGGAGUGUGUGUGCAGCAGAGUUCCAUGGCCAGCUCGUGACUGCGCUGACAUUUUUGGCUGUGUGUUCCCCCCUGUGCGUCAUUUUUAAGGUGGUGUUUUUUACUACAAGGUGUGUUGAGAAUCAAAGCUGCUCACGUCAGAAGGGAGAUAUCACUGAACCGCUACUACAGAGAAAAAAAACAAACAAACGACAAACCCUUUGUUAAGAAGAAGAAGAAGAAGAAGAAGUAUAUAUGUAAUUGUCAUCCGAUUUUUCUUUUGCGACCAUUAGGCACAAACUGCGGAAUAACCGUCGUGAGAUUGAGACAUCCAUUUGACCAUUUCACCACCGUACGGUAUUUUGUGGCAAGGAUUUCACGCAAAGUUUAGGCCGCCCAAUGCUUGCCUGACAUUACUGUUCCACUGGUUUGUCAUUAUCCCCCCCCCCCACCCCCUCAAGCAAAAUGUCACACAAAGAAGCUGCUUGUAAAUCCCGUAGCUUGACGAGGAGGGCGAGUGUUUUUUUGCGGUGAUACUUCUUGUCGGUGGCUAAGUCGGUGUUGUGUAACUCGACAUGACAGCGGAGUUCCCUAUAAGCGUGUGCUGGCCAGGCGCGGGCGGAUACGGGCGGAUCCAGAUGCCGAGCGGGUCGGCAACGGGGGAGGCGCCCGCUCCUCGCGCCAAGACGCCCCGAGCUCCCCACCCCCUCGAAAAGCGACGUCACGAGCGCAGCGGAAGGAAUACAGUCGGUGGCUGGUUCGAGAUAAACCCUUGGCCUUAUGACUCAUGGACUUGGACUGGGGAUGGAGCUGGACAUUAUCAUUUUGAAUUAAGAUGGCUUUUCUCUAUUUUUCUCUCUAGACAGCCCUUAAUUCUUGAAAACAUUUUAGAAGGAAAAAAAAAAGGUAAAUAAGAAUGGUAAUUUGAGGCCUUUAUCGACAAAGAUUUCUUCUUCAGCAGGGCCCCACAUAACAGGGUCUUAUUGUACACAACAACCUCCUAAACAUGACUUCCUUAAAAAAAAAAAAUCUUAGUCACCGGUUAAGGCUUUUUUCAGUGGAAAGAACUUAUCCCAGAGUCGCCCUUUUUUGGUUUUGUUUUGUUUUGUUUUGUUUUUGCAUGUAGUUCCUCAUCAGAACCACCUGCACAAGUCUCUCCACCCCCCCCCCCCCCAAAAGAAACAUGGAAACUGAAGAAAAAAAAACCCCAAGAGUUAAGUGACUGCCUUUUUUUCGUCUUCAAAUUAUGCUGUGAAUUUUACACAAAUUUAUUUUCCCUUUGGAUAUGUUUUUAUACCAAAGCAGUUGUUUUAUAGCAUAAUAGGUGUCUGUAACCAAUAAUGUAGCAGUUCACCACGCGUUGACAUCUUAUCGGGGCGUCAACACAAACAGCUCCUAUAUGUGUAUAUAUAUACACAUAUAUAUAUAUAUAUACAUAUAUAUAUGGGCUGCUCGAUUAUGGAUAAAAUCAUAAUCACGAUUAUUUGUUUAAUAUUAAAAUUACGAUUAUUUACAUGACUGUUUUUUUUUAAAAUUGGAACAACGUUUAUUGAACAUGUUUGUAACAGUAUUUAUUGAACAUGUUUUCCAAGAGGAACACACUCUCCUCCUGUUUGAAUAUGGCCUGGAUCCACACACACGGGGGGCGUAGCAGUUGCAUAUGCGUCCCGGAAAGCCCAAAAAAUCAUUUUCAAUUAUAUGAAUUUUGAAAUCGUUUGAAGCCUCAAGCGUAAUCAUGAUUCAAAUUUGAUUAAUUGAGCAGCCCAUAUAUAUAUAUAUAGAUAUACAUAAAAAUACACAUUAGCAAAACUGGAGAGCGUUGUUCAGGCUAUUAUUGUGUACACUUUGACCACAUUUGUUUGCCACCGUUUCCCAAAACCUGUUUCCAUAAUUCGUAGAUUAUUUUGGGAGUCUUUUAAAGAUUUAAAAAAAAAAAAAAGUUGCUAUGUUUAUAGAAUCUGGUAGUUACUCUGCAGGCUCCGGAGUAGCAAGAUAGCUGAUGGUGGUUUAAGAAAAUUCUACAAAGAAAAAAAAAAAAAAAGAGACUAAUGCGUUCUAUUUCUUUUUUUUUUUUUUUUCCUCCCCUAUUUUGAUUUUUUUUUUUUUUUUUUGCCCCAUCCUACAUACUAUUUCAAAGGGUUUUUGCUGCCUUUCAUACAUUUGGUCAACUUGGCUUGGAUAAUUGUGUUGAGUGGUCUAAUGUUGUAGUUGGUAAAGGGCACAUCCCCUUGAUUGUUGUCUUGUUCAAAGGGACGCCCGCCAUCUCAUGUUUUUGCCUGGGCAGACACGCAUGUCCUCGAAACAUUACUUUGUUUUCUUUUUCUUUCACUUUUGUUUUCCUUUUACAUCAGGGAUUUUGAAGUGCUUUCUUUCUUCCUCCUUUCUUUUGUUUGCUCAUUUUGACCAGCUUUGAAAUUAGAGAGGAGACAACCUGCCCACGGCCACCCGUCCAAACGGACGACAGGCCGCUCAAACGAAAACAUACAUCCGUCAUACCGUUGUGACAUUUUCGAAGGAAAAAAAAAAACAAAACCCAUAUGCCAAAUCACGCUCCCAUUAAACACCAAAUAUAAAGCUACCUAUAUUGAGACUGGGGGGGGGGGGUCUAUCUGGAUGUCAAGGUUAAUUGCAAAUUUGCAAUCAUUUCUGUUCACACCCUCGCCGAAUUUGAGAUCUUUCGUUGGUCGGCCCUUUUGAUCGCUGCCGGCGCUCGUACUGGUACUAAACAUUCCAAAAAUAAAGAGUGAAAAAGACAAAAAAAUUGACUGCAGUGACUCGUAAGUGUGCGCCUAUAUUUCCGAUCAUGCUGAUUGACCUCUUAUUUAGAGCAGUUGUCAUGAAAUGCAGCCCCUUUUUAAUAGUUGAAAUAGAAUUUAUGUAUAUAUUUAUAUUUUUUUAAUAAAGGAAGUAUAGAACUCACUACCUUGCUCCUGCUGGUAUGUUGAUUAUGUUUGUCAAAUUGGGUGACCAUUCAUUGGGGCAGGAACUCCUGUUUUUUCUUAGUGGCAAAAACUUGACUGCAUCAGGACAACACUAUGAGGUAGGGUUUGAAUCAAACAGGGAACGCUAGAUCUUCAAACCUUAAUAAUUUUCACAGGGUAUAUUGUAAGUGCAUGUACAUCACAAACCUUACUUUUUGGUUCUAUGAGAAGCACAUGGUUGUUGAGUUUAAAAAAGAAAUAUAUAUAUAUAUAUACAUAUAUAUGUAUAUAUAUUUUUUGAAAAAAUGAGAUAAGGUUCUAUCAAACGCCUGUUCCGUUUGUGGGUUGGACACAAACAUUCUUGUUGACAUAUCUGAACACCCAGCAGAAGUGGAAAUCCUCUUUAUUUAAUUUGGAUUGAUCCUUGUUUUCUCCAUUUUAUACUUCACUUUUUUUUUCCACUCUUCUCUCUUUUUUUUUUUUUGUACAUGCAACAUGCACUAUAGAAUUGAACAGCAUGGGGGAAAAGGAUAAGUCCAUGUAUCCACAGAUUGUAAGAUCUAGUCAAGACUUUGCUUUGUUUAUGACAAUGCCCUUUGUAUUAUAUUAAGACAGUCUUAUGUAUGAUAUAUAAAAAGAAGUUAAUUGAAA